AAAAAAAAUUGUGCUUUCCAUUGCGGUAUGAGCCCCUUGCAAAGGUUGCUUGCCUUACGCUUGUCCUUCUCACUACCCGGGUCCCUAUGUUUGGACUCAUCUCUAUACAGCAACAGGUUGCGGGGGUAGUGGGCGGAGGGGGCGGUUCUCUUUAACCCACCAGCAACUGUUCAACCUGGCGCAUGGGCAGGAAACCUCAAGAUUAACGUCUGAGAACUUGGAAGGAAUUGUCAGAUCCAACCCCAUCAUUUCAGAUGAGAAAGCUGAGGACCGGUGAGAGGAGGAAACCUCCUGGUAAAGCACACUGGAUGAAGCCGUGCUCCACCUCCAGCCUCUAGAAAAAAAGUCUCGGAUAGAGUGGCCUCCACUGUUCACCAAUUUUGCCUUUUUAUAUGAUAGUCUUCUGUUCUGAAAUGGUUGAGAAUCCCUAUGCAGUGCUCUUUCUGGCAAGGUCAUUGUACUUAGCAGAUUUUAUCUUUAUUAUCGGGGAAAACUUGACAGUCACGGGGAGCUGCUCCUCUUCUUUUGGACUGGGGAACAACAGAACUUCACUGGGGAGGAGUUCCUGAGGAGAGGCGUGUAAGUGGGGGUGAAGGCGGCGAAACCCUGCGCUCCCAGGGGAGGAAGAGGGGGCCUUCAGUUGCCUUUAAGAAGCCUCUUGCCCCUCCCCUGCCUCAUAAGGAAUCUGAAAUAUGUAAACCCCAGAGACUGACUCAGUAAGAGUCAUUUGCAUAAUAUUUUAGGGUGAUUUAGCCAUGCACGGCUUCAGGUGGCUGAUUUAGCUAUGCUGGGCUUGGUAGUGAUAGAAUUGGUAGUAAUAGUAGAAUUGCCCUGGUUCUAACCAACACAUCCUGUAUCUCUCUGUUCAAGGAUCCCAACCCUUGCUUGGGCACUUACUGUUUAUCGAACUGGGACCAAUCACCUUACUGUGUGUCAGUGUCAUGCUAAGCACAGGAAUUGGAAGAUGAAGCCAACCUGUGGCCCCUUCAAAAGUCAAGUCUGAGGCUUGUAAGGAGGUAUAUUUUUGGUAGAGAUCACCCAAAGAUAAGCCCAUGGGUGUCCCUAAUUUGGGACAAACAACCUCCCAAACUGGACCCAUCUUGCUGUACCUGCCUACACGACCUAUUUUCUAGCUGCAAACAGCUAGCAUUACCUGUUCUCAACAUCUGGCAUUCCCUACCUGCUUCGUCACCUUCCCUCAGGCUUCAAACAGCUAUAGGGCCCCACCUCCUAUCCAUCUAGGAUCCCUCCCUACCCUUUUUCUUCCUGAAAGGAUCUGGAGACACCAGAUCCACAAGUCCUGGUGUCUUUAAAAGGAUCAGCCUGAGGAAUAAGGCUCACUUCAGAGCUGUGACAUUUAUCUGACUCUAGUGAAAGUCCAACAGCCACUCCCCUUUUGGCCUCCAACUGGGCACCAUGAGGGCCUGCAUCCCCCUGGCACUGGCCGUGCUGUGCGGCCUGGCCUGGGCUGAAAAAAUGGAAUCCUGUGCAUCUCGAUGUAAUGAGAAAUUUAACCGGGAUGCUAUGUGCCAGUGUGACCGCCAGUGUCCCCGGCAUGGGGACUGUUGUGAAGACUAUAAACACCUGUGUACUGAGGACCACAAAGAGUCAGAGCCAUUCCCACAGCCGGAGGAAGAGACAGAAGAGGCCCUCGCCAGCAACUUGUACUCGGCACCCACCUCCUGCCAGGGCCGCUGCUACGAAGCCUUCGACAAGCACCACAAAUGUCACUGCAAUGCCCGCUGCCAAGAGUUCGGAAACUGCUGCAAGGAUUUUGAGAGCCUGUGUAGUGACCGCGAGGGCUUCUCCUACAGCAGUGAUGCCAUAACCAAAGAGGAGAUUCAGAGCAUCUCUGAGAAGAUCUACAGGGCAGACACCAACAAAGCCCAGAAGGAAGAUAUUGUUCUCAACAGACAAAACCGCAUCUCCCCGUCGGAGACCAGAGACCAAGUGGAUCACUGCCCAAAGCCACUAUUCACUUACGUCAAUGAGAAGCUGUUCUCCAAGCCCACCUAUGCAGCCUUCAUCAACCUCCUCAACAACUACCAGCGGGCGACAGGCCAUGGGGAGUACUUCAGUGCCCAGCAGCUGGCCGAGCAGGACACCUUCCUCAGAGAGAUCAUGAAGACGGCAGUCAUGAAGGAGCUCUACAGCUUCCUCCAUCACCAAAACCGCUAUGGCUCAGAACAAGAAUUUGUCGAUGACUUGAAGAACAUGUGGUUUGGGCUCUAUUCAAGAGGCAAAGAAGAGGGGGACUCGAGUGGCUUUGAACACGUCUUCUCAGGUGAAGUCAAAAAAGGCAAGGUUACUGGCUUCCAUAACUGGAUCCGCUUCUAUCUGCAGGAGAAGGAGGGCCUGGUUGACUAUUACAGUCACAUCUUCGAUGGGCCUUGGGAUUCUUACCCCGACGUGCUGGCAAUGCAGUUUAAUUGGGACGGCUACUAUAAAGAAGUGGGCUCCGCUUUCAUCGGCAGCAGCCCUGAGUUUGAGUUUGCACUCUACUCCUUAUGCUUCAUCGCCAGGCCAGGCAAAGUGUGCCAGCUAAGCCUGGGAGGAUAUCCCUUGGCCAUCCGGACCUACAGCUGGGACAGUCCCACCUAUGGGAACGGCAAGAAGUACAUCGCCACAGCCUAUAUAGUGUCUUCCACCUAACAGAACUUUGAGCCAGAAAGGGGCAUGAGGGCUCUUGCGAGACUAAAGUGCUAUCUUCUUUGGACUAGAGAGAAGAGGGAGAAGACUGGGAGGGAUCCCCAUAUCUCAAAGCAAUGAGAAGCAUUCCUAAAUCCCAAAGUGCCCGUAUGGGAAAGAGAGAAAAUGUACAGAUUAGAAAAAUGUGGAGAAACAGUCAAAUCUUUGUCUUCCAGAAUUCUGGCAAUGUAGACUAAGAAACAGAGUCCAGGCAGAGAAGGUAGGAGCCCUCCAUAGCUCUUUGCCUUGAUGUGUGGGGAAACUAGGAACAAGUCCUUCGACCUCACCAGGCCGCAUGCUUCCCUUUAAUGUAACGGGAAGGGGUCUGCACACCUUCCUCUUUUAGCGGUUGGUGAGAGGGCAAACCCUGAUGAUAUUUUUACUGUGAAGGUGUUUUCAAUUGUUCUUAGGAAGAACAGCAUAGAAAUUCAAGUUAUAAUGGCUGUUAUUAUACACAGCUCCGUAAAUGACAACUCAGCCCUGUGUUGGAGUCCUCAGAGAAGUAAGGCCACAGUAAUCAAGCAAGGGCCUUUGUUUUUUUCCAGAGUUAGAUUCUCUCAGAACAUAGUCUGGGAGAAUUCCAAUGUUGGAUGGAGAAGGGUAGUAUGUUGGUACCGUGAGUGGGCUGGGGAUGGUGUGGUCUUCUCCAGGCCUGACUGUUUUUAUGUCCAGCUCAGUAUCUGCAUCAAGAAGUUUCCCACUUGUGUAUGUUUAGUGCAACCACUAAACAUACAGACUUGUAUUUUGAUCCCAAAUAGUUUUUUUUUUUUUUUUUUUUUUUUUCGAAAGAGUUAUCCUCCUAGGAGGAAGAUUCAGCAUCAGAAGAAGUAACCCGUAGGUUGGCGUCAUUGAUAUAAUUAUUUUAGGUCAGGUGAAGUGGCUCAUGCCUGUAA